AUGGAAGGGUCCGAUGCAAGGAUAAGAUCCGGCUACGGUUUGGCCGCGCCGACGAGAUCUCCGAGCGUCACCGCGCCGAGGGCAGGUCCCCGAGGAGAAGCAGUUGUUCUGUGUGUUUGUGCGUUACGGGAGGUCCUCGUCGCUACCGCUGGAUUCGCCUCGAAGUUCUGGUCAGAACGCACCCCAGGAGAGGUCUUGGAAGUAUCGGUAUAUCGGUACCUUUUGGUUUCCCCCAGGCUGGCAAAUGUGCACCAGAAGAAUUGGGUUCCGCUCGUGCUGGGGGAAUCACUGUAUCUGAUCUUCACCAUUGAGCCUCUGGUCGUGGUCCUCGUCGACAGGGCUACUGGCGAGUGCACUGAGAUCAGUGAGGCGAGAACUCCUGCCAUGCACGGCUUCUACGCGUCCGCUGGGCUUCACGACCAAGGACACUCCACGAUGGGGGUGCAUGGAGGGUCGCCGCUUAUACCCUUGCCCGAGUCGGACGCAGGUGAGUUUCUCGGGAUAGGCAGGAUAGCCCGCGGAAACACGCAGUACGCCCUCUUCUUCUUCACAGUUGCACGCGAUGUGUCAGGGCCAGAAGGGACUGUCUCUUUCAGCGCUCCCUCUGGCUUCCGGUUGGCCCGCGUGAGCCCUAUCGUCUGCUUAGCGUCCACAACGGCCCACCACAGGGGUCUCUGCGAGACCAUCCAGUUCGCUGGCGGCAUGAUCCUCGCCGACCCCCUCGCCGGCGAGGGCAACCUGGCGAUCAGCUACGGGGCCAACGACUGCGAGGGCAAGGUCGCGGUGCUGCCGCUGGCGCGCGUGCUCGGGCUCCUGCGGCCAGCCGGCGCGGCGCAGGGGAGGUCCCGCGCCAGGGCGUAG